AUGGUCGCUUCUGGUUUGAUUGGCCUUUUGGCUGUUGUUUUCCAGAUAUCCUUCGCAAAGGCGGUGGACGUCAAUGUCAAAGUCGACGCCUACACGAGCGAAGUUGAAUCAGACUCUACAACUAUCUACUACUCUGAGAAGAAUCCUCUAUUAAUUGGAAACGAUGGAGGGCCUGACAAGGGUGGUUUUCACGUUUAUGACUUCAACUCCAAAUCUCCUCUGAAAGAGGUCGCCGCCAAAACUCCUGGACGCAGCAAGCUUGUUACUACAGUCUACGAUGUGGAUGAUAAAGAUGUUCUCGUUACUAUCGCGAUGCCUGACUCUAUUCUUCGCGCGUACGAGAUGCCCAAGUUUAAGCAGAUCGAGGACGCGGAUUUGAAAGUGUUGGGCGAUUGGUCCGCGCUGUGUAGCUGGAAGAGUCCUGCUGGGAAUGACUAUCUCUAUCUGUUUGGAAAGGGAGAGGCUGUUCAGCUACUUCUACGAGAGACUAAAAAGUCACUUGAGUUUGUCAAGAUCCAAAAAUUCCCUACCGAAUUUGAGACGGACUCCUGUGCUGUGUCACGCUCUGAGUCACGUAUGUACAUCUCAAAAGGCGACAAGACCGUGUAUGCAUUCGCGCUCAAGGAAUCUACUGAAGCGCCUAAGAUUACUGAGGUCGGCAAGGCAGCGGACGAUGUGACAGGCUUGGCGAUCUACGUGCCAAAGAAGGGCUCCGACUACCUAUUUGUCGCCCAGACAGACAAAAUCGCCGUCUACGACCAAUCCUUGAAGCUCAAGGGAACUGUAUCUUUAACUGGACAGGAAGACGUUGAGAUCAAGGGCUUGGACAUCUACCAGGGCUCGACGAAGAAAUAUCCCGCUGGUGCUUUAACGUACGCCAUCGAGUCAGAGGAAAUCAACGGGUUUGGGGUCUCAUCACUCGAAUCAGUUCUCAAGAAUCUCAACAUCGAAGCGAACACAAAGUACGACCCAAGAAAGGUAAAGUCCGACUCCAAGACUGAACCAAUCUGCAAGACUUGCGGUGGCAAUGGAUACUGCAUCAAGGACAAGAGCCAAAAGUGCCAGUGUUUCUCUGGUUUUGCCGGAAAGACCUGCAGCAGCUUCACUUGCGUCAACAAAUGCUCCGGCCACGGAAAAUGCGUCGGAGCAAAUGAGUGUAAAUGCGAUAAGGGAUGGGGUGGUCUACACUGUUCGUUCCUCCUUGUUGAGUCAACAUAUGAGACUGAGCCAAAACUCGGUGAUGGUGAUGACCCUGCGAUCUGGAUCUCUCCCGAGGGUGCAGAGAAGUCUCGCGUUAUCACAACGAUGAAGUCUGGAAAGGAGGCUGGUCUCAAUGUUUUCGAUCUGAAGGGCAAUCUUGUUCAGAGUUUCGCGGCGGGCAAGCCGAAUAAUGUCGACAUGAUCUAUGGCUUCGAGGCGGGUGAUCGCAAGGUUGAUCUUGCUUUUGCUGCGUGUCGAGAGGAUGAUACUCUAUGUCUCUUCGAGAUGCUUCCCAACGGGACACUGACCAAUAUCCCUGGUGGUUCUCACCCUGUUGUCGAGGAUUAUACCGUGUACGGCUCGUGCACAUAUCGUUCACCCAAGACAGGAAAGCAAUACCUCUUCGUCAACGAGAAAUCAGCACGAUAUCUCCAGUACGAACUUACAUCCACAUCCAACGGAACACUCAAGACCGAUCUUGUACGAGAGUUCCAAGGCGGUAGCGGUGGACAAGUCGAAGGUUGUGUCACUGACGAAGAAAACGGCUGGAUCUUCCUCGGAGAAGAACCUUCUGCCCUAUGGCGAUACGGCGCUGAGCCAGACUCCAAAGAUAAAGGAGUCAUCAUCGGCAAAGUCGGUGAUGGAAAACUCUACGGAGACGUAGAAGGUGUGACGCUCGUCUAUGGCUCAAAGCCAGAUGAGGGAUACAUCCUAGUAUCAUGCCAGGGCGUAAGCGCAUAUAACGUCUACCAACGAGCUUCACCACACGAGUACGUCGCCACAUUUACACUCGUUGAUUCAUCAAAUGGAAAGAUCGACCAUGUAUCCAACACCGAUGGUAUAACGGCUGUAGGCACAGCACUGGGCAAGGACUUUCCUCACGGGUUGGUAGUUGUCCAUGAUGAUGCUAAUGAGUUGCCGAAUGGCAAGACUAGUGCCGAGGCGAGCUUCAAGAUGGUUAGUCUUGAGGAGAUCCUUGGGUCUAAGAUUCUCGGGAAGAAGGGCUUGUUGGAUCAGGUGGAUAAGGAGUGGGAUCCCAGGAAGAUGGGCAGAACGGUUAGCAAGUCCUGA